GUCUUUAUUAAAAGUAUUGGGUGCACGGUAGAGGAUUCGGUGGCGUCUGUUAAACAUCUAGUCUCCCGCCCACCGUUUCGUGUGGUGGUAGAUAUCAAACUCCUUUUCUCUUUCUCUUUCUCUUUCUCUUUCCUCUCUGUUUCCUUGUAAGAAUAUAUAACAUAACAUUUCUUCCUCAACCUAUUUCUAAUCUAUCUCUUUGCAUAAUCAAUCUACACUAUAUCCUCUCCAUAAUCGAUCUCUGCAACAAAACGAAUAUGUCGGAUUCUAAUACCAAGUCCAAAAUCCAGAGCAUGCGCGAAUGGGUCGUUGAGCAUAAGCUUCGGGCUGUUGGGUCUUUGUGGUUAAGUGGUAUUGCUGGAUCGAUCGCUUACAAUUGGUCUCAACCCGGCAUGAAAACCAGCGUUAGGAUUAUUCACGCAAGGUUGCAUGCACAGGCUCUGACAUUGGCAGCCUUAGCCGGAGCUGCAGUUGUGGAGUACUAUGAUCACAAAUCGGGCACAAAGUCAGAACGCUAUGCCAAUCGUCGGCGUCCUCUCCGCCUCCAGAUCCGACGGUUGUGCCACAUCGACUCUAAUUCCACCUCUGACGACUGUCGCCGGAAGGAAAACCAUCCAGUUUCCUUGUCAAAACACUGCUCUUGUCUAGAUGCCCCUAUGAAGGAUUAG